AUGCUUUGUCUACGCUCCACGACUUCUCAAUUGUCCAGACGGAUUAGUCCUCGGACUCUGCAACUUUCUAACCUGACUGGAGUUCGCCUCUACAGCUCUAAGCCCGAGCAGGUAGACGUCGAUGCGCUACUUGCGAAGCCAUCCUGGUCCGUUCGUUCUCUCCUUCCCAACCAGACCGCGAAACAAUCGUCGCCGUCAGUCACGCCGGCGCAACUCCACCAUCUACUCCGCCUGUCAGCCCUUCCAUUGCCAUCUAGCAAGGAGGAGGAAACUAAGAUGCUCGAGACCCUUGAGUCUCAGAUCCAUUUCGUGAAAGAGAUACAGCGUGCUGACGUGACGGGUGUCGAGCCGCUGCGGAGCAUCCGGGACGAAAGCCCCGAGGCAUUGAAGGAGAACACGGUUGGACUGGAUCAAUUGAAGGAUGCUCUAGCCAAAGAACGAGUGGUCGGCCGCAACAAGAGGAUACAACGCGUCGAGACCGAGAGAAAUGGUCGCCCGGACGGAGAUGCUUGGGACGGAAAUGCUCUUGGUUAUGCUUCCAAGACGAAGGGCAAAUUCUUCGUCGUGGAAACAAGUAACUAA